ACCCUCCUCCCUCCCUCCCUCCCUCCCUCCUCAGCCGAGGACGGGGUUCGUGUCCAGCGGAGACCGAGGGCUUGCGUCUGGUGGAGGGAGAGAGAGUGAGCGGGGGGGGCUGGCCCUGGGUGGAUUUGACACAAGAGGGAUUUGCGUGUUAAACGGGUGUCGCGCAACGCUAUUAACAAAACGAGCGGCUGGGUGCGUGUGGCUCCUCUGUGUCAUGUCCGUGCGUCAGCGUCGAGAGAGCAGCGAGCUCGGUCUAUAUUUGCCGAGGAGGGAAGCGGAUCCACGGUGUCGCUGGUGUCCGGCCGGAGCGGAGUAUUAUUAGCAGCUCGCACCGUGUGUCUCUCGCUGGUAUGUCAAGCAUUCGUGCCGUCAACGUGUGUGUGUGGGGAGAAAACCUCCCGGGCAACAACACAACACGCACUAAAGUCAGGUUCCCGCUGGUUUGUAUCCACGCGGCGCUUUGAACGACAGCGGUCAAGUGCAACAACAACAACAACAACAACAACAACAACAACAUAAUAACAACCAGCAGCAGCAGCGGCGGUUUUUACACGGUCAUGCACUGUAAUUACACACCAACAGAACCAUCCUGUUCUUCAGUUCAGGAAUAAACACACUAAAAAAAGGGAGCUUCAUUUUUUUUUUUUUUAAAAGGAAAAAAAACUUGUGUGCUGACCAAAAGAUAAACAUUCACUUGGCUCCCAUGCUGGCUCCCAGGAAUCCUCUCCUCCACACCCUCAGCCAUGCCUGCCACCACCAAAACCGCCAGGAGACAGACACCUGCUCAGAGAAAAAAUGCCCAGAAAGUGAUCAGCACUAAGAGGAGAACUUGUAACUCAAAUAAACCCCAGGGAGCAGCGGCAGAGAGACCCCAGAAAACACCUGCAGAACCCAAAAGGUCAACACCCAGAGCACAGGCACAGUCAGGCCAAAGCACCCGUGGAAGAGGAGUCGGUGGGCCUGCUGGCCGUGGCCCUGGGGGGUCCCCUGGCAGAGUUAACUAUGCCCUGAAUAAAACAGGAUCUGCAAGGCUUAGACAGCAGAACAAUCUGCCCGACCUGUGUGCUGAGUUACAGCACCCCCCAGGGCGAAGGGCAUCCCUGCGGGGCACUCGGCUGUCCGUCCCUCCCUGCCAGCCUCCUAAACCUCGUGGAAAAGGGAGGAAGAGCAGGGGGGGCGCUGGGAGAGGAGCAGCGUCACAGCUGAGGAGCACAAGAAGCCGGCCCUCAAGCACCAGCAUCAACGAUUCAACUCCAGACGAGGAUGAGGAGGAAAAUUUGAAACCGGACACCUGUGAUGUCGAUGAAAUCCUUCCAGUGUCUCUAAAGACGAAUUUUGAAGUUCCUGCGAGUAUCAAAGAUCAGGGUCCAGGGGUCAACAAUGCAAAAGAGGGCAGCCCUCUUAAAGCAGACUCGCCACCAUGUCACGACACACUGGAGGAUUGUGUGCAGGGCAGCUGUGCCAGUACUAAAACCCAGCAAGACAAAAAGACUGCCGAUGAGGGUGACCUGCUGUGUAUGACUGGAGAACCUGUGUGUGAUGAUGCUGACGGACAGCUGAAACUCUGCGAUGACGGAUGUAAAGACAGCACCUCUGAGCCCUCUGUGCUAACCAGUACUGGCUCACCAGGGGGGCAGGGGGCCAGCGACGGAAAUGACACUUCACCCGCCGUUGGACACAAGAUUGAUAAUCUUGGCAGCGAUGGUGAGCAAGAUGAUGAGUUUACCAUCCAAGAGGAAGGUAACACGUUGGACUUGAAAGAGAACAGGGCAGGUGAAAGAAUGAUAGCUGUCACAGAGGGAAAAGAGGAGAGAAGAGAGAGUUUCCAGGCAGAUGAAGCCUUCAAGAGACUCGACGAGACUGUGGAAGAGAUGGAGGAGGUCGUUGAGAGGCUGGGGAACGGUGAGGGAGAAGAGAGCGGGACUAAAGAAAAGGAGAAUUAUGUAUCUGUCAAAGCUACUGACCUCCACCCCGGCACUCCAGCCUCUCAACCUGUAGAUCCUCCUUGUUCUAACAAAGGCCCGACAGCGCUGUCAGAAUCACCUGCAAGUGUGCUACGAGUCUCCAACACAGCUACCUCAAAUCCAACCAAAGCCCCCUCCUCCACGUCAGACUCCCUUUAUUUAGAAGCUCUGAACAAGGGAAAGACAGACAUGCAACCUACCACUUGUGGUGCUAAACCUUACAUCCCAGAGUCCUCGGCGGUCCCUGAAACUACCCUGAUGUCGCAGACUGUUCUUGUGAAGAGAAACACGCCGGUUAUUAUCCAUAGUGACUCCCUUAAACCUAGAAGCUUGAGGGAUUUGAGUCAGGGGGAGCCACACAGACUGCAGAGGCUAGACAUCCCUCCUCCUCAGGGAGAAAGACGAGUGUGCACACCAGCGGAGACGAAGACCAAAGAUGGUGAAUCCAAUCCGGAGCCAUUGGAUUUCCGCAGCCAGAAAGGGACAUCCUUGCUGUCACUGUCCCCGGUUCCUCAGUCGAGCACGGGUGCCCUCACGGCUGAGUGUGAAUCAAACCUUAGCAAGGACGGCGUUGUUGCAGCAGCGAUGGAGCCGGACCCGGUGCCAAAGAUCUCAACUCCCACUCUGGACAGUAGCUCCACCUUGUCCUGCAGCUCGGAAAGCACUCAUUCCUCUUUUUCGUUUGACACCGAAUCAGACGCAGGGUAUGGAGAGCCCAGCCCCUCUGUUCUACCCAGAUCGUGGGGGCCAGAUGGGGCCUGCUUGCCCUCCUGGACUGCUCCUAAACCACACAGGAAAGAGAAGAAGAAGCGCAGCAGGUGUGGGAUGUGCGAGCCGUGCCUGAGGAAGAUCAACUGUGGCCAGUGCAGCUGCUGCCUCAACCGCAGGACCGGCCACCAGAUCUGCAAGCUGAGGAAGUGUGUGGAACUGAGGAAGAGGAGACCUUCAUCUCCGCUCACUCUCUCUGCGGCACAGGUGGUUCCAGAAAGUGGGUCGUUAAAUGGCAAAGGCACAGCACAGAUGGAUGAUACCCACACGGCAGCAGAGGAGGAUGAGGGGGAAGAAGGCCACAUACCUCAUACACAAUCUCCACCCGUCAACCACCUGCUCACCCACAACCUGGCCUCGGACCAAUUUGGACGUCCGGCACUUAUUAAACAAGAGCCCGGGGUGGAGCUGCCCAGCUUUGCACUUCACCAACACGUAUGCUCUUCUGUGACUUUUCAGAAUGGUUCUGCUGAGAACCUGUCUAUACCUAACGGUGCUAAUAUGACCACUGGGUCAAACUCUGAUCUGAAGCCUGCAUUUAAAAGAACUAUAAUGGCAUCAGAGGCUCAAAGGACUAUAAUAGCCUCAAUUCCUAAGGACUGCUCUGAAAACGGACCCAAGAUGCCUCCAGAUGACAUGUCAGUUCCGCUAAAGAAGAUCAAGCUGAAUGAGCCAUGGAUGUGGAUCACUGAACAGGCCACCACGCAGCUGAGGGAUGAAGAAGAGGUCUGUGAAGACCCGCUGUCCACACUGGCGGCUGUGGUGUGUCUGUCUGUAACAGAGAGGAAGGGACUGGAGGAGAAACUCUUCUGUUCGCGUUCUUCCAUUCUUCGCACCAUCAAAACAGAGCCACCAGACUUGCACUUUGUCAAAAAGGAGCCAGAGGACUUGAAGAACGACUUGUGUCAGAAAAGCACUCCUGUUAACCUGCAAAGGACUCCACAACCUAUGAAAAGUGAACCUUCUUCUAGUGUCUUGCUACCGAGUGUGCAGUCUUUGGCAGAGAGGAAAAAUCUAAGUUUUGAUCAGGCAAUUGCUAUUGAGGCCUUGACUCAACUGGCAGCUAUACCUGACAGCACCCUAAGGUCCAUUAAAACUGAAAGUAAGUGUGAACAUCCCAUUUCUACUGUUGCCCCGUUUUCAACCCCUUGUACAAAUACAACCUCGCAAGAAGCCAAACCCACUGGGGCUAUCCACUACAACAAAGUCUCGGUCAUAAGCUCACCACUACACCAGACGUCAGUCAUCCGCCCCCCAGUGGCCAGACAAGGGAAUGUCAUCCAGUGCUCUUGGGGGACCAACUCUUACUCAAAGCUGUCUCUGCAGGAUCUUUUAGAGGCCAGCUCAGACAGUGAUAAAGCGCCCAGCGGGAGGACAGAGCAGCGUUUUGGUGCUCACAUCAUCAAGUCUGAAUGUAGCUAUAAAGAUCCCUGUGAGAUGAAGUUUAGUAAAGAGCGCGAGCGCUUGUUUGGGGAGGACAGAGACAGGGUUAGUAAAGCAGGUAGAAACAGAGAUGAAGAGGAGGUGGCAGCUCAGCUGGCAGACCUGGCUUUCAUCAUCCAGGCCCGACACAGCCAGCGGUCAGAGAACAACCCCCCGAAAGGAACACCUGUGUCAGCAAUCAAAUACAACUACAACUCCCAGAUGACCCCCACUCAGAAAAAGACCCCCAUAAAAAAACCAAGGGCUACACCCGCCAAACCCAGAAAGAAGAAAGUAGCUGACGGACAAAAUGAGGGAGUCAGUCGCAGGACCCCCCUCUCAAAACGCAUGGCAAACGGAGAGACGCCCCAGAGGAGCAGAGGCCAGAAGAUUCUGCCACAGGGGAAAUUAGGCCUUCACCAUAAGAGAAACCUGUUUCUGCCUCAGGCUCAAAUUGACCUGAAGAGAUACUUGGCUGAGGCUCAAGAGGAAAGGAGGCAACUCAUCCAUCACAGUAACCCACACAGUACAGCCCUCAUAGGGCCACAGACCCCGAGCUACAGUAAUCUCACAAGGAUCAUUCACACUAGUGUUCAAGAAAACCAGCCGUGGUCCUACUCAAAUGGGUCAUUCCCCCAACAUCAUCCAUGCAAUGGUCACGCUGCAGGACCGGAGUGCGAAAGGCAUUUGUUAUCUCAGGUAGCGCAGCCCUGUGGUGGGCUGCAGCACGGUGCUCAUCCUAACAACAGCCCAGCCAAUAACGCUUUCCUCAGCCACAGCACUGGGCACCAUGGUCUGGUUAAUGGCUUCUCAGGGGCGCCGCAGUCGCCUCCUCCAAGCCAGCAGGGCUACUACAAGCUGGAGAGGUCAGGACCUGUCACUGUCCUGUCCACGUCUACUGAAGCUGAUCUGGGCCACUCUGCAGAGUCGACUCCAUCCAAGAACAGCAUCAACAGCUUCCUGGAGUCUCCAGUGAGUUUUAUGGAUACCCCGAUCAAGAACCUGCUCAAUACACCUUCCAAAAAACUGGCUGAUCUUCCAUCCUGUCAAUGCAUGGACCAAAUCAUUGAAAAGGAGGAAGGCCCUUACUACACUCACCUUGGGGCAGGACCUAGUGUUGCUGCAGUGAGAGAACUGAUGGAGAACAGGUACGGCGCCAAAGGAAAUGCAGUGAGGGUGGAAGUUGUUUCUUAUACUGGGAAAGAAGGAAAGAGCACCCAGGGGUGUCCAAUCGCUAAAUGGGUGAUCAGACGUGGCAGUGAGGAGGAGAAGCUGCUGUGUUUGGUCCGCAAGAGGCCCGGGCACUUCUGUGACGCUGCCGUGUUGGUGAUCCUCAUCCUGGCUUGGGAGGGAGUCCCCCGGCCGGUGGCGGACCACCUCUACCGGGACCUCACGGACUCGCUUUUUAAACACGGCUCCCCCACCAGCCGUCGCUGCGCCCUAAAUGAAGAUCGGACUUGUGCAUGCCAGGGUCUGGACCCAGACACGUGUGGAGCGUCGUUUUCCUUUGGCUGCUCCUGGAGUAUGUAUUUCAACGGCUGUAAAUUUGCCCGCAGCAAAGUGCCACGCAAGUUUCGACUGCUCGGAGACUGCAAAGAAGAGGAGGAGAAAAUAGAGAACAACCUCCAGAGUCUCGCCACCGACCUGGCACCUCUCUACAAAAGACUGGCUCCUGAGGCCUUCCAAAACCAGGUGGAACUCGAGGAGUCAGGGGACGGAUGCCGGCUGGGAAUGAGGAAGGGACGUCCGUUUUCCGGAGUCACUGCCUGUGUGGAUUUCUGCGCUCAUGCUCACAAGGACACUCACAACAUGAAUAACGGCAGCACUGUGGUUUGCACUUUAACCAGGGAAGAUAACCGUGCAGUGCGUAGCAUACCAGAAGAUGAGCAGCUCCAUGUUCUGCCACUCUACAAGAUCUCUGACAGGGAUGAGUUCGGUCAGGCUUAUGGCCAGUGGGCCAAAGUCCAAAGUGGUGCUCUGCAAGUUCUGUCUUCCUUUCCCCGAGAGGUGCGUCUACUGGCCGAACCAGUGAAAUCAGCCCGUAAGAUAAGACAAGAAGCUCGAUUGAAGUCCCAAGCAGAGAAAAUGAGCAAGAAGCUCGGGCUGACUCCUCUCACUCCUGGGAAAGUGAAAAGCGAAACCCCCAACAAAGAGCCACAGGGCUACUUCAGCUCAUACAGACAACCACCCAGACCUGCCAGCGUUGGAAGAUAUCUACCGGAGAGUAGCCAACACAGCACUUACAGUCAGAGCUCCAGCAACUACCCCGCUCCAGGUGCAGGGGUCACCCCACAGAGGGAGGUUAUGCCCCCCAGCCACCCCGGCCUGCCUGGGCUCCCGUUUGGACAGAAUGGCCCGGCUCUCAACUAUAAGACAAUGAGUGACGGUGUGAACGGUUACUCUCAGACACCUGGUGACCAGAGUGUCCAGUCAGAACGUAUACCUCUACAUAAUGCCCUUAGUGACUACCCCUCUCCCUUUAAAACUGAGCCCAACGAGGUGCACUGCUCUCCUCUGCGCAGACCCUCCCCCAGCGGGAGUGCUCCUCCUCCCUCCUCCUUCUCGCCGAGACCUACCUCUGAGGGCCUCUUCAGCAGGCUCAACGGACUCCACAGGGCUGCAGGAGAUGUCGCGGCAGAGGUCAGGGGUCAUGGCUUCCCUGCCCUCUCAACUCUCCCCCUCCCCCUACAACCUCCCCAAAUCGAACCAGAGGAAAUUAAGCAGGAGGAGGUGUGGUCAGACAGCGAGCACAACUUCCUGGACAACGACAUAGGCGGAGUCGCCGUGGCACCGUCGCACGGUUCCAUCCUGAUAGAGUGUGCGCGGCGGGAGCUCCACGCCACCACCCCUAUCCUCAGGCCAGACCGCAGCCACCCCACCCGCAUCUCCCUGGUCUUCUACCAGCACAAGUCUCUGAAUGAGCCAGGCCACGGGAUGGCCAUGUGGGACGCCAAAAUGGCCAAGAGGGAACGCGAAAGGGAGGAGGAGGCAGAGAGAUUGAGGAUGGAGGAAAGUCUCGGGCAGAAUGGCAAAGGAGGUGGGGAGCUGGAGGAGGAGACGGGGGAGGAGGCAGGGGAGACGAGGAGGACAAUAAUUGUCCCCACACGCCGAGCACUGACUCUCCCGAGGGACGGCGUCAUCACCGUGUCCCCCUAUGCUCUUACUCAAGUGACAGGGCCCUACAGCCGCUGGACUUAGUCGACAUGUUUUAAACACACAAACACACACACACACACACACACACACACACACACACACACACACACACACACACACACACACACACACACACACACACACACACACACAGAAAACUCCCUGUGCUUCUGCCUUACCUCAACCAACUUCAAACUUCUACUCUCAUUUUUACGUUGUUUUCAUUGUGCUUUUUCUAAUCUCCGUUUGUUCACUUUGUCCUUCUUCUUCUUUGCAUCCAGAGUGAUGAAGAAGACCAAAGUCUGUCGGCUUUUUAACUGUGAGUUUCGGUGUCGGUUUUUAUUAUAAAGGAAAUGGUGCUUUGAAGCAUUUUAAAGGCGUUUUUAAAAAUGGUUUUAUAUACAUGACUAAGAACAAAAAAAAAGAUGUGAUUAUUUAUUGUGAUCAUAACGAUUUCUAUUUAAUUCCUGGUGUAAGCCUGUUUACUGCAAGAUGAUAACCUGCAUUAUUAUGUGUUGGCGCUCAGAUUUUAUGUUUUCACAGUAGGACUAUGCUCUUUAUUUCAGCCAGUAGUUCUCUUCCUCUGGCUUUUACAUCGGUGCCAUGUUCACUGUAACCUUUGUUAAGCAAACUCAUUACACCACAUAAUGUAGAGAACUAAUAUUGUGCAUAUAUUUACUACAGAGUGUCACAUGUAGCAUCAUGCUUUUCCCUCCACUGCCGCCAACGUCUGCCGGCAGCGGAGGAACGAAAUGUACUUGUUUGGUUUGUUGUUUUUGUUUAUUUUCUCUAUGUCUGGAUGGUUUGUCUUUUAUUCACAGACAUGUAUGGCAUAUUAAGAAGCACUUUUUUUAUUUUCUUAACUUGAAAAAGGUCCCAAUCCAUAGGCCUGAAUAUGUAUGUACAGAUAGAGAUAUAUUGACACUUACGCAUGAACCCUGUCUCAUUUUCACAGUUUUCCUGCAUUCAUUAGAUUUUUCAUUCAUUCGGCUGAAAAUGGCAUUUAGGACAUUUUAAACGAGGAAUCAUGAAAUGCUGCAACAAUGAGGUGCUUAUCAUUACUGGCACUUAUGUUCAAAGGUCUUUCAUAAAGCACGAGUGUGAUUAUAGGAUUUUAAAAAACUGUGCAUUUGAAUGGUGCUAAACCGACCUCCAUAUCUUCUUCACCAGGUUUUCAGAUGUGUUAACAGAAUAUUCUUACGUCCAUCCUCUGGAUUUGAAUUUGCAAAACUGUGUUAGCCAACACUGAUUCAUCAAACAAUUUCUUUUCUCUGUUUUGUUGGAAAACCACUCAAACAUCACGACCCCACACGGACACUUACCUAAGACGAUUUCGGGUGCUCGGCCCUCAUGAAGACUUUGUUUACAGAUAUCUUUUUACAGGGUCUGAAAAAGGGGGGUUGGUGUCAACUCCUCGUGAAUCAGGUGUUUUUUUUACCCAUGAAUCUUUUCAUCAGUGAAAUUUCAGCACAAGAGAUGAAGAACGUUUCACUCAUUGUCACGCUAGAAAGCUGUGGGCUUUUAAACACUUGGACUUCUUCUUGGUGCUAAUCGGACAAGAUGUCGAGGUACAUGCAUUUAACCUGGUUCUAUUCUAAACAGUGGUGGCACGGUGCUUUUUUAAAAUAACUCGGCACUCACUGAUUUGAUAUUUUAAUCAACACAAAUGUAGUUUUGUCAUUUCUCUGGAUGGUUUCUCAACAUUAAUCCUGUUUUUCAAGUAUCAGUAAAAAAUAUAUUUUGCAGAUUUGCAUCUAGAGCUCAAAUGUCUUCCACAGAUAAAAGCGACCCUCCAGCAAUUAUCAGAACUCACAACACAACUGAAAAUGAAUGUAAACACUUUUUUAAGAUCAGUUUAUUUAGAAGGAAUAUUUUGGCAAAGCUACAGUUUUGAAUCUUUCUUUUUAUUUACUGUGUGUGGAACAGUCCACAUUCGACCUCUUUGUAUCGGCAAGAAACUAACAACUAGCACCAGCAUUCAGAAAUCUGAAAAAAACAAGUUUUAAUGAGUAGAAAAUGUGCAAAUAUGUAGGUGAACCAUAUUGUUUUUACUGUACUGUUAAUGGUGUUUAGACAAUGGAUGAUCUUGCUUAUUUUCAAACGGAAAUACUGUAUGUUACUGAAAAGUAUAUCCAGUUUAGACUUGAGAAGAGACUCAAUUUAGCAUUCCUUCUACGGAUGGCUGAUCUCUUUUGGGAUUGUGAAAUAAAGUCAUAUUUAUAUUUUGGACCUGA